AAAUUCCUUUUUGUUUGAAGAAAAUUUACAACUUGGUAAUAGACCUUUUUAUGACCUAUUUGGGCUCGUCAUUGGCUGCGGCUGGUCAUGUGCAGGCAGCGAGCGCUUUCAUGGCCUUUUCCUGAUUUCCCUGGCGAAUUUCCCCCUGCAUUCUGCCUUCAGAGAGCCUCAGCCCCUCUUUUCCUAACCUUUGUCUGGGCUGAGGUGUAUGCCAGUCGCCCUCACGUUUGUGUCCCGCUCCCCGAAACCCGUGGCCGGUCCCGCCGCCGCCGCGGCGCUGACACCUCCCCGGCCCCACGCCGUCUCCUCUCCCGCGCCCGCGGAGGGAUGCGCGGAGCCCCGCGCCCGCCGCCUCCAACCCCCCACCUCCUCUCCCGCCGCUCGUUGCCCCCGCUGCCGCUAUCUCCUCCGGCGCACGGAUUGCUACGCGGGCGCAAAAUGGAUUACGGCGACCCUCCCGGGCUCCUCCGCAGGCGGGCAGUGCCGCGAACCGGUCCGUGCCCACGGAUCAUCCAAAGGAACCUGAAGAUCCUACCCACACAGUUAAAGUCAAAAAUCAAGAAAAAACAUAAGUGUGGUGGCUGCGAGUGGCCCGGGCCGACGACGUGAGGCGCGGGGCGGCGGUCAAUGUUAUUUGAGCGGGGGCCGCGGGCCUCGGCGAUCGCAGAGCGGAGGAUGCAGAAAGCCGCCUACUACGACAACGCGGGGCUCUUCGGGGGCUACACCUACAGCAAGGCCGACGCCUACCCCUACGGCGCGGCCCACCAGCCCUACGGCCAGGCCGGCCUGGACGGCGAGUACCCCGGCUCCGCCUGCUCCGUCCAGGGCUCGGCGCCCGGCCGCCCCCCGGCCCACAAGGGCAGCGAGCUGAGCGGCAGCUGCAUGCGGACGGCCGGGGGCGGCCCCGGGGGCAGCCAGCCCCCCGGCCUGGGCGAGCAGCAGAGGGGGAGGGGGGCGGCGGGGCUCCAAGGGACCCCGGGGGGUGGGGUGGCGGUGUGGGCUUUCGGGGGGGGGAACCAACGGCUCUCUGUGGCUCUUCCCCCAGGAGAGAGCUGCGAGGACAAGAGCCCCCCCGGGCCGGCCUCCAAGCGGGUGCGCACAGCCUACACCAGCGCGCAGCUGGUGGAGCUGGAGAAGGAGUUCCACUUCAACCGCUACCUGUGCCGGCCGCGCCGGGUGGAGAUGGCCAACCUGCUCAACCUGACCGAGCGGCAGAUCAAGAUCUGGUUCCAGAACCGCCGGAUGAAGUACAAAAAGGACCAGAAAGCCAAAGGCAUCAUGCACUCCCCCGUCGGACAGUCCCCGGACCGCAGCCCCCCCCUGAGCGGCCCGAACCACGUCGGCUACUCCAGCCAGCUCCCCAGCGUCAACAGCCUGGGCUACGACGCGCCCUCGCCCACCUCCUUCGCCAAAUCCCAGCAGAGCAUGUACGGGCUGGCCGCCUACACGGCGCCGCUGAGCAGCUGCCUGCCGCAGCAGAAGCGCUACGCGGGCGCGGAGUACGACCCCCACCCCAUGCAGAGCGGCGGCGGCGGCGGCUUCGCCAACCCCAGCCUGCAGGGCAGUCCCGUCUACGUCGGGGGCAACUUCGUGGACUCGAUGCCGGCCUCGGGCCCCAUGUUCAACCUGGGCCACCUGCAGCACCCCUCCUCCGCCAGCGUGGACUACAGCUGCGCCGCCCAGAUCCCCGGCGGCCACCACCACGGACCUUGCGACCCCCACCCCACCUACACGGACCUCUCCUCCCACCACACCUCUCAGGGACGGAUGCAGGAGGCCCCCAAGCUCACGCAUCUGUAGCGGGGCGGCGGCCGGCGGGGCCCGCUCCCCUCUCGAUUACCUCACUUUUCUUGACGGGACAGUGUGACUUUGCUCUCGAGUGCCAACAGUAUUAGUGGAUUUGUCUCCCCUAGCAGCUCCCCACUCUCUCUUCCGCAGCCCCGAGUAGGUCCGUGAGCAGGAGCCUUCUUUUUUUUAUUAUUAUUAUUAUUUUUUUUCUUUCUUAGAGCUGUUUUAAGCAUGACAGUGCAAUAUACUGCAAACCGAGGGACUGAUAAGCUGGUAAUGAUGUACUUGAAGGUAAGUCUUAGAGAUGCCGUAGCGUUAGCAGCGUGUCAUGCUGAGGUGUGCUAGACCAGUCGUGAGCGGUGGGACCUCGCCCGCGCGUAAGCUUAUUUCAGAGAAGUUAAUUUAUGGAUUCUUCCCUAACGUAAGGAUCGCAUCGGACUAAAUGAUAUGUAUUUAUUAUUUUAAGCGAGACAUUUUUGUAUCACUGAUUAUUUAUCCUCGUCUUAAUGUAUUUAUGUGGCUAUUUGUAGAGUUUCUUCACCAAUACUUCGGGAGAGCGAUUCAGGUCCGUGGUGAUUUACAUUUCACCUAUUUAGUAUAUUCGGUCUGAGCUAGUUGAGAGAGUAGUCUUGAACAGUUGUAACAGUGGCUGGUGUUUGUAGUUUAUGUAAGGAUUAAUUAAGACAGCAAGUCGUAAGUCAUUAAUAGAGUAAAACAAACUGUGGCAUCACACAAAGAGCCGUUACACUUAAAAAAAAAAAAUAAUAGCGAAAGUAUUUUAAAAGUAUUUAUUUCUAACCGGCUGGCCCCGCUGGAGCCCCUCGGUGGCUCGGCUGGCGGCUGGCUCGGCCGGGGAAAGCCACCUUUGGUUGGAAGCGCCCCCGCUUUGAGGAGGCGAUCUACAAAGCGGGGCGCUUGGCCAUCUUGUUUCAGAUCAAAUCCUGCAUACAGAAACCUCGGUGAGGUUAACAUUUAUUUAUUGAAUGGGUAUCUAUCGCACAUAUUAUUAGUUCGGUGGGCUAUUUUAUUUUCUUUCUUUUUAUUUUAUUUUUUUAAAAAUUACAUUCUGGCUAUCUGAAAUAGGAAAGAAAUUAGAAGCUUAGAACGCAAAAAAAUUAGAAACCCUCUGAUAGUGCUAAUUUCAUUAGGGUCUCCAUAGCAAUCCGCGCAGCAGCUGCCGCCUCCUUUGUUAUUUAUACUGUUGUCUUUAUACUAACCAUAAAUCAAUUUUUUAGACAUCUUUGGAAGCCCGAGCUUUUCCUCUUGUUUUUCAUAAAAAUAAACUUUGAAAGAAAAUUGACAAUCAGACGUAGACAGCCGAAGGGGAGCCGCCGAGGCGGGGUGCGGGCAGCGGCCGGGCGGUGCCACCGCGCUCCCCCCGCGCCCUGCGGCGGAGGGGCACCGCCGCCUCCCUCUGCCACCAACGGGACAGCUAACACGGGGGAGAAUUAAAAAAAAAAAAAAAAAAUAAAUCAGAGAGAGAGAGAAAAA